CAAAAGAUGAAUUUUGAAAUAAAUUUUGGUAGAAAUUUAACGCGCAAUCAAAUUCUGCAAAAAUAUUUAUAUAAUUUAAAUCAACUAAAAUUACUUGCAGAAACUAAUUUUAAAAUUAAUAAUAAUGAAUUUAAUAAUUUUAUCAUCCAAUAUUACUUCACACCAAACAGAAUGAGUCAUGUCGCCUUGAUAAAAACUGAGCUUGUAAAAACUAUUGUAGAUCGAAAAAGAAAAAUAUUUUUCUGGUUGUUUUAUUUAGCUAUUGGAUUUUUAUGUGUUUCGUAUAAAAAUGAAGCAUCAACUUUAAUAUUACGAAACAUACAAACCUUUAUUUAUCCAGGAAUGAAACUAUGGCGAAGAAUGACCCUACCUAUGAUAAACAAUUUUCCGGGUUUAACCGAGUUAUAUGACGAAAGUUGUUUAAUGAUGAAUCCAUUUUUUCAAGUGGAAGAUUUAGAUUGUAAUCCUUGCUCAAAUAUUGUAAAUGUUUUAGAUUUAACAAAUGUUGAGAAAACAACAGACUCUGUGCCAUUUGUUUUUAAGGUAAAGCAAAUCCCAGUUACAGUCAAUGAUUUUUUUGAACUGUAUAAAUCAAAUAAGGAAAUCUUCCAAAGGGAUGCAUACAGAGUACGCUCAACGAAUAAUGAAAUAACGAAUUUAGAUGAAUUAUUUAGAGAUUUUAAUCGAACUCAUCAAACACAAAGUCAUAAUUUAUGGAGAUGUAAUCGAAUGUCUCCAGCACGUCUAAUUAGACAAUUAUUUGUUCGUCCAGAGCGUCUUCCAAGUACUGGUAUAGCAUUAGAACGUUUUUUAUCAAUGGAUACCCAUAAUGCAGAAUCAUAUAUACUGCCAGAUGGGGAGUGUUCAAAUAUGUAUAUACAACAAAUUCAAGGUACUCGUAAUAUUAUUCUCAGGCCUACAAUUGAGUGUCGGAAUAAAUGUCGUUCGAUUUCGAUACGUUUAACGCAAUCGUAUGUUUUAAGUUAUAACUGGUGGUAUUGGAAACCUGUUUCUGCCCCUGAUAGCUUUUCGAAAACUUCAUCCAUUAGUCUUAUAGGAUCUUAUUGUUAAGGAAUAAUAUAAUUUAAGCUAUAUACACAAACGCAUUUCUACAAAUCAUAAAUAUAUAUAUAUAUAUAUAUAUAUAUAUAGACAUAGAAACACGCGUAAACAGAGUAUAUAUAUAUAUAUAUAUUACCAUAUAUUUGUGUAUAUGUAAUUUAAAAUUCAAAGGCUAAAAUGUUAAGACGCUAAAGCAAACAAAUUUUGCAGCAAAAAUAAAUAGAUAGAAAAAUACAAAUUUUAAAAUGUAUGAACAAAAUUUUACAUUGCGAAAUAAUUGUAAAAGAUGAUAUUCAAUUGCGUAUACACAAAUAUAUUAUACAUUCUAGUCAGCAUUUCAAAACUCCUUCGUUUUUUUUAUAGCGAUGCUGCAUGUAAUGAGUAAAAGUUGCAUCAACUCAAAAAAAAUACCUUUUUAAAUUGCUAUAAAAUUUUAUUUGAAUUUAACAGUAGUCCCUUAAUUUUUUGUUUAUUAACUACAUUUGAGGAUAAAUUUGAAUGAAAAAAAUUUUAAUAUUAAAAUAAUUUUAUUUUUUUUUUGCAAUAAAUAGUUAUGUACAUAAAACUAAAACAAUAAUUUAUUGCUAUUAGUGUAUGGAAUUGCUAAAAUAUAACUGUGCAAGGGUGUUGCAAUUCAGUAUAAUUAUAAUCAUUUUAUAAUUAUUUUAUUUAUUUAACUCACAUAAGUAAAUUUUUUUAUUAUAUUGUGUUACUACUCACUCUUAAUAUGCAAUAAAUUAUAACUAGUCUUUAAACACUAGAAAUAGGAAAGUUCCUACUUUUUUUUACUUUUAAAAUAGUUGUUUAUCCGGGUAAACUAGGGGACUAAUAAUGUGCAAAUUUUUGGCUGAGCUUUUUAAAAAUGUACAUAUGUAAAUAAUUUAGUACUAAAUUAAAAUUUUCAGGCUUAAAUAUUUAAUUAUUUAAUAUGUUUUUCAUUUAUUAUUUAUUACAUAGCAUUAUAUUUAUGUUGCAAAAUAACAGAAAAAUAAUUAUAGCUUUUGUGUAUGCGAUAAUAUCAAGUUAAAAAACGGAAAAAUAUGUAGAAAAUAAUAAGCUCAGUCAAAGAGAUAGUAAAUUAAUGAUAAAACAUUUUUAGAAUUAUUCUUGAAAUUUGAAUAAUCUCAUUUGCAGGGAAAAUAUCUAACUGAAUGUUUGAAAAUAUGUAAUAAUUUCAACCCUCUUCCAAAACAAAAAAAUUAUUAAUAAUUUUUAAACAUUUUGUUAAAUCUUUUUUAUAUUAAUUACGUUUUUAAUUGACUGAAUUGAUAAUUAUUGUAAGAUAUUUAAAAUUUAUGGUUCAAUUUCGUAAGUGAUCUUGUUAAAAAGUAAGAUAUUAAAAGCCUUUGUUGCCAGAAAACUCAAGUAGAUUGUAGGGGACAAUGACACUACGUAAACAUAAGAGUUUAUGUUGCAUUUAUUAUAAAUUAAAGUUAAAUAAAAUAUGAAUUUAUUUUACGUGCCAUUUUUAUUUUUAAAAUAAAUUAUGUGCAGUUAUUUUUAAUUGCAGCUAUAAAUAAUGACAUUUGGAAAUUAUCAAAAUUUUUUAAAGUACUAAUCAAAAUGAGGAUUUAUUUUUUGAAUACCGUAAAUGAUAUUAAAUUUUAUAUGAAUCUUUUAUUAUUUUAUUCUCUUAUUCGGAAUCUCUAUCAAAAAUAACCAAAUUGUCUAAAGUCUGAAAAUUUAAAAUCGCAUGUAAAAAAUUAAACAGAUACAUAUACGAAUGAUUAAUUUUAAAAAUGCAAUCCUUGAAAUUUGUAAAAAAUUUUCGAAAAUAUUUUAGUUAUUACUUCAAGAACUGCAUUUUUGCAAGCAUAAUUUGUAUUUUCGUUUGUAAUAAUUUGUAUAAUUAUUUUAAUUUACAUAUGUAAUAAAUGCAUUUUAUAUGUAUGUAGAUGUAUAUUCUUUUUAGGUAUUUUUAAUAACCAAGGAUUUUGUUUUUAUAGCACUGAAGAAUUUAUUUUGUGUCGAUUUUUUUUCUGUAUAUUUAAAAAUUUAUGUAAGUUUUUGAAAUCUUUGUUAUGAGCAAAAACUUAAGCAAUUUUUACUCUCACAUGAAGCGACAUUCCGGAUAAAAUAAUUAAAAACACAUAUAUAUUUUAUAUAACUUACAUACAAUAUAUUUUUUCGUAAGCAUAUUGUCAAUUAUAAUAACAAAUUUAUUUAAAAUUUUGUUUGUGAAAUUACUAAUAUAAUAAAUGUACAAUUAUAUUUUGAACUUUAAAAUUAACAUUCAUAUAAUUGAUUGAUUUGUGUUUAUAUUUUAAGAUAUGAUAAAGGCAAAUAUAUAAUCUUUGAUAAAAAAAAUUAAAAACUUAUGUUUCAUAUGAAAAAAAAAUGUUUUAGAAAAAAAAUAAUACAAAAAAUUUCUAAAAUAUAACUAGGUUAAUAGAUAGGUACACAAGUUGAUUCAAUUUUUGUCAAAUUGCAAAUUAAUAUUGCAAUACAGAUUUAACUUUGAAUAUACACUUUCAAUAUUACAAUAAACACUUUCGACGUAGAAAAAAAUUUAAAUUAAAAUGGUUGAAAUCUUGCCCAGAUCCGGUAAUAAUAAGUUAGGGUAGCGCAGAUUUGAAAAAUACUAGUUACCAGUUAGUAGGAAUAUUAGUUACAAGUUGUCACUACUCAAUCUCUAUGAGAAAACUAUUUGCUUUGAAAAAAUAAAAAGACAUGAUCUUUUCCAUUUUUCACAAAUAUGUACAUAUAUACAUAUAAAAUCUUUAUUUAUAUUCAAAAUUACUAGAGGCUCGUAAAUUAUUACAGAAAAGUUAAUUUAUUAAACAAGGUGAAAUUUGUGCUAAAACUAAAGCCUCAUGUUAUUAUAAAUACAUAUUUUAACAUAUAAUAUUUAUUAAGCUAAAAUAAAUUAAACACCAGAAAAUUUGUUUGACCGCAAAGAAAAACUUUAUACCUACUAAUUUUUUUACAAAAUUUAUAUAAAAAAUUAAAACAAAUUCUAGUCUUUAAAAUUCGAAUUUUUAUCCCGAUU